AUGAGCCGGCCCACCCGAAAGAGGACAUGUACUCGUCGCACCCGCACAGGAUGUCAGACCUGCAAAACCAGAAGGAUCAAAUGUGACGAGACGCCAGGAUCGUGCAACAACUGCAGCUCGACGGGCCGGACAUGCGAUGGGUACGAGACGGCCCGCCUCCCGAUCGUCGCCAAUAAGGGCCAAUUCUAUACCCCGUCCAUUCACAUCAUCAAUAUCAACUUCCCCGGCAUGAGCUCCGAUGAGCGGCGAUGCAUCAACUUCUUCCAGACUCGCACCAUGCCCAUGCUGGUUAGCUUUUUCGAAUGGGAAGUCUGGCGGCGUCUCGCGCUGCAGCUCAGUCAGGCUGAACCAGCGGUCGGACAUGCCCUGGUCUCCUUGAGUGCCAUGCAUGCAAGCUCCGAGACGAAUGGCAUGUCUCGAAGCCGGGCAUUCAAUCAUCGGACUCAACACCAUCGUUUCGCAAUCGAGCAAUACGGCCGCGCAUUGUCCGCCCUUCGCCGCCGUUUGACAUCACAGGAUCCCCACGUUUCCGUGAUUGCGCUCGUCUGCUGCGUGGUGUUCACCUACCUCGAAGUCCUCCAGGGCAACAACGAGAACGCCUGCGCCCAUCUCACCAAUGGACUCCAAAUCCUGUCUGGCGAGAAGGGGGACGCAGCCCGCGCGAUCGUCCACGAUAAACUGCAAGACUACCAUCACGCCGACCGGUCGCCGGCCCUGACGCCGCAAAUGGCCCUCCUAGCAGCCAUCGCGCACCUGGACAUCCAGAUCCAAGUGCACCGAUACGUAUCGCGCCAAAGAGACGCCAACGGGGUACGGGGCGACAACCAGCAGCCUCUGCGCUUCCGCACCCUCGACGAGGCCUGGCGCGAGCUCGAUCCGAUCUCCGACAACGCCCUCGGCUACCUGACCAUCGUCCAGCGCGCCUUGCAAGAACCAACCCCGGACGUCUUUCCCAUUCUCAUCGCGCAGCGCAAGCUCGCGACCCAACUCGAAGAGCACAUCGCCGCCUUCCACGAGCUAGCGACCACCCAACUCCCGCACCCGACCCCCAAGCAAACCCGCUGCAUGAACCUGAUCCAGAUGCAGCACCGCAUUAUCCGAACCCACGCCUACCGCGCGCUCCGGCUGUCCGAGGACGUGUGGGCCGAAUUCGCCCCGGACCUCACGGAGGCCCUCAUAUUCGGCGAGGCCACGAUCGCCAGCCUCGAGGCCGAGUUCGGCCCGCGCAACCUCCCCACCCUCGUCAUGGACAUGGUCAUCAUCCUCCCGCUGACCUGGAUCGCCCUGAAAUGCCGGGAUCUGCCGACCCGCCGCCGCGCCGUGCAGCUCCUCCGCCGCUGGCCGCAUUUCGAGGGCCCCCACCACACCAGCACGUUUGUCGCGCUCGUCGAGGGCGCCGUGGAGCUAGAGGAGGCCCGCCGCGAUCCGCGCACGGGCAUCAUUCCGCCGGAGGCGCUGGUCGCCGAUGUCUCGGUCGUGCAGAAGGAGGGCGCGCCGCCCGUGUUGGGGUAUACCCUGGCCCAUCUGGGGGGGCCGCACCUGGAGGUGCCGUUCCCGAACCUCGUAACCGACUAUGAAAUCGAUGCGGGCCGAGGGGAUCUAAAGUAUAAUAAGACUAUAUAUAAUAAAAACAAAAAUAAGAUUAUAGAAGUUUAA